AUGUCGCCGCAUCAUCACCAUUUGCUUGACCCGAACUGCAAUAAUACCGUGGUCAAUAUUCCUGAACACCAUCAUGGAAUUGAUCUUGUUACGACUCUUCGCAGUGAAUUGGCGGCUUGUUCUUAUAAGCGUGACCGCCUCUCAAAUGAUCUCGGAGAAACUCGCGUUGCGUUGAAUGCACGCGAAUCGGAAUGUGAGAAUUUACGUGCUCAAGCUGCACGCCAAUCGGCGCUUAUUAGUAGUUUGCAAAGCCGCUUACAAACCGCUGAGAGUCGCGAACAAUCAAUACAAACUCGUUGUGACAGUACCAUUCACACGAUUCAGCGGGAGAAACACUCUUCCGAUGAACGUAACAAGGAAUUACAAUGUAAAAUACAACACCUGGAGAACCACUUGGCCGCCGAGGAACAACAGAAGGAGCAGGCGCGUGCACAACUGAGCGACUCGCUGCGUCGUCUGGCCACCUGUUUGGGAGUGGACCUAUGUGAGAAUGUACAUCUGACACCAGAGUGUGUACUGAAUCGCGCCGAAGAGGUAAUGAUUGAGCUGCAACGCACCAAGGCCAAAGCAAGCACCACUUGCGAUACGCUAAGCAGUUGCGAGAACGAGUUAAUGAAUUUGAAAUCGCUCGCGAAUAUAGAGAAGCAACGCUUGAGCGCGCAACUGGAAGGUGUGACCAAUCAUAACCACGAAUUGGAGGGACGUUGUCGUCAGUAUGAGCGUGACUUGCAAUUGCAACGCGAUCGGUUAACCGAGUCGGAGAUAGGUGGUGAGAAGCUGAAGGAGGAAUUGCGUGGCUUCGAGUCACGUUGUCAUCGCUUGCAAAACAAUCUGGAUCGCACUCAAGGUGAGCGUUUGCAAUUUUUGCGUUGCCUGGCGAAUCAACUGAAUGUACCAGAGCCAUGCGAAACACUAAUCAAGGAGAAAGUACGUGAUAUGCUGAGUGAAAAUCAGACAAUGCAUGUGCAACUGCAUUCGCUGCGUGAUCAACUGAAUUCGGAGCAGUCUAAGCUGAAAGAAACUCAGGAGACUACACAGUGCCGUUUGCGUACAGAGGAGGCGCAAAAAUGCGAAUUGGAGGAGCGUCUGGAGAAGUGUCAAGCUGAGAUACACACCUUGCGCAAUGAUCACUUGGGUCUCUCAGAGUUUUUGCAACGACUUGCGCGUGCUAUAAACUGGGCUGAGUGUACCUCGCCGCCGGCGCUCGGUACUGACACCAACAUCUUAGCCGAGUCGCUGUUGGAACGUGCCGAACGCAUUGCCGCUCAUUAUGAUCACCAUGGACAUGAACAUGAUGGCGGCCAUCGACAUCACUAUCACUCACGACAUGAGCAUUCACCAGAUAAGGGCUGCUGUGAUCACCAUACGCAUGCGCAUGGCAAAUUGAGGCGAGAGCGUUCGUGUCACGACAUGCCGUUGAAGGAGAGCAGCAGCGUUUACACUUUACAGCGGCGUGUGCGCAUAUUGCGAGAGCAAGUGCAACGACGUGACUUGCAUUUGGAGCUACUGCGGCGUAAAUUAGCCAUCAUUGAAGAGGGCGCCAGGGGCAAGUGCAUGCUACAGGGUGAGCGCGAUGAAGCUGUAUGCCGCUCCAAGAAGGCUAGCAAACAGAUUGACAAACUCACUGCACAAUUGGUGGACGCACGCAGUCAAAUAGCCGAGGUCAAAGCGCAGCUCGCAGAAGCCGUCGAAUACAAGAUCACUGCCCUGGAGCGGGCACGCAAAAUCGAUGAGCUCACUGCUCAAAUUUGCGAUCUUGAAGAAGAGAAGACACGUCUUCUAGCGCAAUUUAAUGCUGUUAAGGACCGACUGAAGGCCACUAGCGAAUCAUCUCAAAAUAGACGUUGUCGCGAUGAGGCACUCAUUACUUCUCUUCGCGAUGACAUCACACGUCUACAAAACCAACUCUCCGAUGCCAAUCAUCGUCUCUCCCACCUGCAAUCGUUCCGUACCUCAGUGGCGCGUACGCUCCACCUGCGCGACUUGCCGGAAUCGGAUCUGCUGCAUCGCUUGCAAGCGCUCUGCUCGGCCCACCAGGAAUUUACGCUACUCUCCAAACGUUAUGAGACUACAUCACCGGUUGGCGAUCACCCUUGUCCGCGUUUCGAUGAUCCUAUACCACCGACUCCACACUGUCGUCCGCCCAACGAUGCCGAACUGACCAGCGUUACGAUGUACGAGGAACACGCGAGAUCAUCGCACAAACAUGCACAUCACCACACCACAGCUGAGCAUCACCAGCACAAGCAUCGCAGCAAGAGCCGCGGUGGUGCGGGGCGUUGUGCCGAUCGCUCUAAUGAUCGCAACACAGGCUGCGCUGAUAGCCGAGGCGCAGGUGGCGCUCACGCUACAAACAGCAAACGUUUGCAUGAUAAAUGCUUUGAUUCGGAUGUCCAUCGUCAUCAUUGUAGCUCUGGCGACUUUCUGAGUGGUGGUUAUGAUGAUCUCGACUUCAAAUGA